AUCAGCUAAGCCGAGCCGAGAGGUGAGAGGCUUUUCCAGCACUGUGAGAGAAUCCGAGGACUAAUGAUAACCGGGUGGAUCCCGUCAACCGGUGGACUUGGUCGGAAAAAGGAUUGACCGUACGGAGGUAGGGAGGUCGUUUUGGCUUUCGACGGCAGUUUGGUAAGCAUUUAGUGUGUUGCAGCUCUUUCUUCAUCUCACUCACUCUCAGGGGCACACACUAAGUUAAGCAAAGGACUACGAUCUGUGAGGUUUUCCUCUUAGUAGGAGCAUAACGAUUGUCUCACUCCAACUCUCUUCUAUCCAAUCCACUUCGAUGCUACAAUUCUUCAUAUAUCUCCUAUUCUCUGAUGUGCGCUGAACCAGAGCUUGGAAUUUCAUUUGUUCGAUGCCGGAAACCCUUUCUAGCUCAUUAAGACGGUGGAAAUCGGCUGCAUUUUGUGUAUUUGUGGCGAAUCAAUCCUUUUUUCUUCGAAUUCGAGAACUGGAAAGAGUUUGAUCUUGCAUGCCUUUUACGGAGGUAAAAGAUUGGCCUUUCUUCUUAAUAGUGAAUCGAAUGUAAUCUUUGAAUUUUGUUGAAAUGCGGGGUACGGAUAAGAGUAGAAAAUGUGGCAGACGUGAGGUUUCUUCAUUUAAUCCGGCGUCAGUUGUCGGUAGAACAUCGAGAAGAGCUUGAGGAUUUAUUUACUCUUUCGAAUUCAGUUUCGGACGGGGGCAGAAUCGGCGGUUAAUUUCUCAGAAUUAGAAUCUGAGAAAGGGAGAAAUUUAGUUCCGGUUACAACCACAAUAUGAUGUCAUCUUUUGUCUCUAAAUUCAGAGGGACAUAAAAGUUCGGCAUCUUUUUUUCAAAUGAAACAAUUGCCAUCCAUUUAUUUCCAUCAACCAAGUCCGUGAAUCGGACGAAUUAGAUAUCAUUACUGCCUCUGGCUUGGCUCAGUGCAUUGAAAAUUCUUUACAGUGUCAGAGGUUGAUUGAUGGAUCAAGGAGAUUUUCGGUAGUCUAAUGGGAGGUCAAGUUCACUGGAUUGCUCCUAUCCUGAAUCCCUGAUCAGCUGGAUCUGCUUAAUUUAUAACCUGAGGAGGAAUCGACUUUUAUCAAGAAAAUGCUGGAAGCUGAGGUGUGCUCUUCUCGGGUACUGUGCCCUUUUCGUGAAGAAAGUGGUGAUGAAGAGCUCUCUGUUCUUCCCCGGCACACGAAAGUCAUUGUUACGGGAAACAACCGAACCAAGUCAGUCUUGGUGGGUCUGCAGGGAGUUGUUAAGAAGGCUGUUGGCCUUGGUGGCUGGCAUUGGCUGGUUCUGAAGAAUGGAGUAGAAGUUAAGCUACAAAGGAAUGCUUUGAGUGUGCUAGAACCACCCACAGGAAAUGAAGAAGAUGAUGAUGACCAUGAUUUAGAUAACUCUAGUAGCUCAGACAUGGGUUUCUGCCAUGCGUCUCCUUGGGCAGCGAGUAGCAUUCAGUUCCACAGAUCAAGCAAGCCAAGAGUGAGGCAUACAAGACCCUGUAUAUCUGCCAAAUCAAUUAAUAGAAGUCAUUGCAGAGAAAUACAAUCCAAUAUCCACAAGCCCCAGCUGAGGGUGAACUUGGCAAAGCUGGGAACGAAUUCAUUGUGGAGAUAUUGGAAACGAUUCAAUCUUUUGGGUAUCCACUAUCAGAGUAGCUGCAAUUUGCCUCAAGAAAGUUGUUUAAUGCUUAGGCAAGGAACAAUCUUCUACAUCCCUCAAGGGAGCAAAUGGUAGAUGCUGUGACGCGGCACUUUUCAUCACAGAAAUUGGACGAGAUUGAAGUGAUUGUGGGAUUCAUUCAUGCAGCAAAGAAAUUGAAAGCCAUGGACUCGUAGGUGGUGAGCACUGGAAUACUUGAACCCAAGAAGAGAGUUUAUCUCCCCCAGCUUGUAUAAUACAUAUAUUAGUCUAACCUCCAAGUAGCACAUUUGAUUUGGCUCUUGUGAGUACUGAUGGGCCAAAUCCAGAUUCUAAUGUUCUGCUCUGUUAUAUGUAGGCUUAAGCUAAGGUGGACCUUUAAAAUUUAGGCAGUCGUUCACUGGUGAACGCCUGAAAACUUUUGAAUUGGCCAUUGUACAGUAAUGGUCCUGUGUAAUCCCACUUAUCAUUAGGCAGUGCAUGUGUUUAUUGAUUAUUAAUGGCUCAAGUUGUGUUUUAUUA